CAGGUUUGGGCCCGAGGUCGUUUUCACUAAACCACGUUUUCUAAAGGGAGGUCUGUCCAUGCCCGAGACGAGGCUGCGGGGGCGUGCGCGACGUUCGCCCGUUCCUCAGAGGAGGAAGAGGUACCCAUACCUCGACUCAAGCAGUGGCGAAGCGUCCUGACUCGCCUAUAUCGGAGGUGGACAGAACCCGCAACAGUGACACGUCGAUUAUCCGUAGCCAUUUUGGCUCAAGUCGGUUGGACCCCAGACUCCGACUAGGUCUGUUGUCAAGCGAUCGUUUUCUCGAGCCGCAUCCGAAGAGGCAGCCCUUCUUCCUCGACCUCGCAUGACGUGCGUGUCAGUCGUCUUACUGCUCCUGGCGAGUGCUGCCGCAGAGACGCCACGAGCGAUCGGGUGCACGCUGGAGGAGGAAGACGACGGAUUCGGACUGCUGCAGAGUAGCAGCCGGAACGCCCACGAGCAGACCCCAGAAAAGGCUGACCGCGUAGUGAACGGCAGCGCAGUCGUGGACGCGACGCCGAACGACACAAACGCGGGGUUGCUGGCAAACCUCGCAGAGCAUCUUGCGGCAGACCGAGACAGGGGAGGGGCUAGCUACAACGGAGCGUGCACGGCAAAUUCUACGAUGAGUAUCGCCACGUGUUCUCAGUUGGCACCCGAGUGGUGCUGGGCCACGACCGCCGCUGUGAUUGCGGGCUUCUUCCAGCCGACGCAGGAAAAAGCGGACCAGGACAAUUGCAAAGCCAUGUCUUGCCGAGCGGUUGGCAACAAGUUUAGCCGGUUCCAUCCCGCUUAUUGUUGUGGUGCCUCCAACGAGGAUUGUUACGGGAACAACGCUGCGGCUGGCCAGGAUGAUAUCAUCGAAGCCAUCUUGUUCUUGUCGCAGCAAGACUACAUCGGCUUCGAUGGGUGGCCCUUGGAGCAGGAGGCCCUCGACGCAGCCGUGAAUAUGGGGUACCCAAUCGCUUUCGCCGUCUUCUGGCUCGGCGGUGGCGGCCACGUUCUGACGAUUGGCGGGUGCGCGGGCGAUGGUAAGUAUUAUGUUCACGACCCAUUGACCAAGAGAGGCUUGUGGCAGACUCUUACCUACGCGCAGAUUCUCAACUGUGACCCCGGCACGCUCGAGGACAGCGCCAGAUGCACGGUGGUGCAAGAGCAGCAAACCAAUCAGACGCUCGACGGCUUGCUCCAAGAGGAGAACGCGUCGAACGAGGUCAUCACAGGUGGGUUAUGGAGCUUCACGGCGGCGUUGAAGACCGAGGCAACGUGGCAGUACGCUCAGUGGUGGGCCCAGCAGCCAGGGCGCACGGUCUUCGCCAGGACAACGGGACCUGUCGAAUUGAGUGCCUCUCUGUAGUAAGUGUCGCGAGCAGAGGGAGGAGGUGG